GUGACGCCAGUUCCGUCGCCGCGCCCCGUCCCAAGAUGGCCGGCGCCGGGCGCUGGCUGCGGAGCUGCCGCUCCCUCCUCAGACGAGGCUUCCCCGUGCUGGCGGCUGCCCGGAGACAGCCCUGCCUCUCCGGAGGGAGCAGGCGAUGGCAGCAGGUGCUGGGCGUGGGGCUGGGAGCGGCGCUGUGCGCAGUCCCGGUCAUUGAGAAACAGAACUCAUCUUCUCUCAGUAACGAUGCCUUGAUUAAAAGAGCAGUUUCUCUGGUAACAGACAGCACUUCCACUCUCCUCUCUCAAACUACAUAUGCAUUGAUUGAAGCAUUGACAGAGUAUACGAAGGCAGUUUAUACACUAGUGUCUCUCUACAAGCAAUAUGCAAAUCUUCUUGGGAAGAUGAACUCCGAAGAAGUAGAUGCAGUCUGGCAGGUGGUGAUAGGAGCCAGAGUUGAUAUGACAACAAAACAGCAAGAAUACCUAAGGCUGGAGUCCAGCUGGAUGACAGCGUUACGUCUUUCAGAGAUGGCAGCAGAAGCUGCGUAUCAGUCAGGUGCAGAUCAAGCCUCAGUAACAGCCCGAAGCCACAUUCAGCUAGUGAAAUCACAAGUGCAAGAAGUGCGACAGCUGUCCCAGAAAGCGGAGAUGAAGUUAGCUGAAGCUCAAACAGAAGAGCUCAUAAAAGCUCAAGGAGAGGAGUCUUCAUUGCCGCAGGGUGUCCUAGGAAGUACAGAUGCGGAUGAAGACCCUUAUCUUCGGGAAGACUGAAAAGAACUCAAGUGUCACCUUCGAGUAUGUGAGAAUUGAUCAGAAAUCGUGGGGUCCUAAAGUUCUAAGUGGAUAGUGGGAAACUGCUGAAAUAAGCCUGUGAUUCCAUUUCCCUCCCGCCCCCCAAAUAGGCUUGCUUUACAAAUCAAGUCAAUUCCAAGACUGAAAAGCCUUCACCUUGUUUGUAACCUACCACAUUUGUAAUAAUUAUGGAUUUGAUUAUUUAAGUGUUUAACUAUGCAAAUGUGAAAAUCGCUAUCAAGGAUAGCUUGUUGUUAAUUGUCUCUGCUGGGAGGAUCCUACCCAUGGUGCGAUGUGUUUCUGGGAGCUCUCUGACAUAGAGGCUAACUAGGUAUCAGCCAAAGAAGUGUAUUUAAAAGUGAUUAUUUUUAACCUGUGAAGUAAAUGAUAUCUGUUAGUAGAUACCUUUAUUAAACUGUGCAAGUGCA